ACCACGCAGCGCCACCAGUCUUUUCAGAAACGACGACGACGUCUCGUGAAAAGUUAUCUAUCAAUAUUUUGAAGUGAAAAGUCCGGACACUUAGCUUCUGCCAGCAAAAUAAAUCGCGAUGCUGCGUGCUAAAUGACGAAGGAUUCCUGAAUUUGGUGUUAGGUUUUGCUUUUUUCUUGAUUCAAGAGAAUUGUUGGCGUUUUUUUCACUUCCUCUACCAUCAAAUCGUCCCAGCGAAAGCCAGUGGUCAGAAGAGGGGGGGAUAAGGUUCGUGUAGAGAAGAAGGAAGAAGUGAAGAAGAAUCCCUGUGCUGAACGGGAGAAGUGUGUGCGCCUGUGGGGCAGUCAAAGGAAUAUAUUAAAAGAAAGAAGAAGCAGCAGCAGCAGCAUAAGAAUAGAAGAUAGUGAAGAUGUACAGCAAAAUGAAUGGAUAUCCAUCAUCUACAUUUAGGUCGAGUGGUGGUCGACUGUGAAUGUCACAUUCUCUACCCUCCGGAAUGGACUCGGACUUUUCUUACUCUCCGCGGACGAGGAUGUACGACCUGCCGUCGAGCAACACCUUCGGCAACGUGCCCAAUACAUCGUCUUCGAGCACAAGUUCACUGUCCGGAAUGAACUUUGGGCCCGGCGGUAACAACUACAGCGGAACGAACCUGAUCGUCAAUUACAUACCGCAGGACAUGUCCGAGCGUGAGCUAUAUUCGAUGUUUUCCACGAUGGGCCCAAUUGAAACCUGUCGCAUUAUGAGAGAUAUGAAGUCUGGUUAUAGCUACGGCUUCGGUUUUAUCAAUUUCCUGACCGAAGAAGCAGCACAACGCGCCAUUCGAUGCCUGAAUGGUUACACUGUGAGGAACAAGCGCCUGAAGGUUUCAUACGCACGGCCGCAAAGCGAUGAUAUCAAGGAGACGAAUCUCUAUAUCACAAAUCUUCCACGAACCAUUACCGACGAGCAGUUAGACAUUAUUUUCGGUAAAUACGGUACAAUAGUACAAAAGAACAUCCUAAGAGAUAAAUUGACUGGCCACCCACGAGGUGUUGCGUUCGUUAGAUUCAACAAACGCGAAGAAGCACAGGAAGCGAUAUCGGCACUCAACAAUGUUAUACCACAGGGUAGUAACCAACCGUUGAAUGUCAGAAUAGCAGAUGACCACGGCCGAGCCAAGGCUGCUCUCUUCGUGCCCUCUUAUAACUCGAUCGUUUCAAACAACAGAGCUGACGGAUUGGACUUCAGCAGCAGGAAAAAGGUUGACUCCUAUCCAUAUUGAUAUUUAAGGUACUAUUAGAUUGUAGUAGAACUUUUUACUAAAUUGUACAUGAAACUAGUGUGGCAAGAAU